AUGGCCAAAGAGAACCUAAUUAUAAACUUGAAAGAAGAAUGGAAAAAGACCGAAGAGAAAGGAUAUGCAAAUAGAAAUGGACAAGGAGAAAGCAUUGCCAGCAAUAUAUUUCGUAUAGUGACAUCAAGUAUUCUUGCUAGAGGUGGAGCUUUAGCACUUUUAAAGCUUGUUAUUGAUAAUUUAAAUCAUCAUAUCGAUAAACUUAUCGAAGAAGAGAAAACUAGUGUAAUUUUUAUUAAUUUAGUAUCUUUAUAUGUUAUCAUUACAUCUACAAUCUCAAUUUUGAUUAAUAUUAAAAUUAUUCCACAUUCGAGUGUUUAUGAUGAUAUACUAUUAUCUAUAUUGAGAUUGUACUUAAUUAAUUUAUAUGAUGAAGAUAUGAUAAAGUUGAAAAAGGAAGAUAUUGACGGGACAGAAAAUAAAUACGGGACAAAAGAGGUGAAAGACAGGAAAAAAGAUAAUAAAGAAGAUUUUAAUAAAUAUGAUCGGAUAAAAUUUUUUGGAGAUAAACUUGUUGAAACAAAUAUAAAAUGA